GUCCAGGUGAGGGAUUAGUUUAUUCCAUUCGCUUUCUCCGAGAGAUCUUGAUAGUUACGGGUUAUGGCGGCUGCGAAAAAACAACACGACGAUGUUUCCGACGACCUCAACUACGAAGUCUGGGCUCGAAUCGCGAAAACUACACUAACGGAGAAAGGACUUUGGGAUGUUGUCGAGAACGGAGUCCCGCCGGAUCCGUCGAAGGUUCCAGAGUUAGCAGCGACGAUCCAAGCUGAAGAGCUUUCAAAAUGGAGAGAUCUCGCGGUGAAAGACAUGAAAGCGCUCCAGAUUUUGCAGUCGUCUCUCACGGAUUCGGCGUUCAGGAAGACUCUCUCGGCUUCUUCGGCCAAGGAUGUUUGGGAUUUGCUCGAAAAAGGUAACAAUGAACAAGCUAAGCUACGUAGGCUAGAGAAGCAAUUCGAAAAGCUAACUAUGGAUGAAGCAGAACCUAUCGUUUCCUACUUAGAUAGGGUAAUGGAAAUCGCUGAACAGAUGCGCCGUUCGAAAAUUGGGAAAUCUGAUUAUCAAGUUGUCAAGAAAGUGUUAGGCUCGCUCUCUGAGUCGCAUGAAGAUGUAGCUACGCUGCUAGAAGAACACGUAGAUCUAAAGAAGGUGACUCUUAAGAGGCUUGCUGAGUUUUUUAACAGAUAUGAUGAAUCAGUAAAGAGAAGUAGUCUAAGCAGGAAUGAGUUGCCCGUGUAUAAAAUGUUGUCACUCACUCUUGAACAUGAGACAUUUGAUGAGGAUAUGUGGAUAUUAUCCAGCGGUACCACGAAUCACAUGACUCCAUAUGUGAAGUUUUUCACCACUCUAGACAGAACACACAGGGGUCGGGUACUAUUGGGCGACGGAUCAAUUAUCAUGGCAGAAGGUAGAGGAGAUGUCAAGAUCAUGACCAAAGAAGGAAAGAAGAAGACGAUCAAGAAUGUGCUUUUCGUUCCGGAUAUGGACAGAAACGUGUUGAGUCUUGGUCAGCUGGGACAAUUAGGCUACAUGAUGAUGAUUAAUGGAAACAAAUGCAUUCUUAAGGGUCAGAAGACUGGGAAAGUAUUUGGGGAAACCGUGAUGGAUGAGGGAGCUUUAUUUCUGCGUUAUCAGGUGAUUGAAGGUAAUCUCACUUCUUAACAAGCUGCUUUGCCACUAUGAAUAAAUUCGGUAGUAGACUUAACUCGUAUAGUGUGGACAAAUCUAAGUUUUUUAUGUGUUUGUUUGUGCGUUUGUUCUAGUUCCAAGUUUGUUCAUCUAAGAAAAGCUGAUUCAUAUUCUGCUGUUGUAGUGUGAAUUAGUCUCGUCUUUUAGCUUAGACGGCUUGGGUAUUAAUCUAGUUGUCAAAAACUAUGUUUGUUAUUCACAAUGCAGUGCUUUUGUCAA